AUGGCUGAAACUAAAGUUAAACUGAUUUCAAAAGAAUGGUCGGAAGAGGUCAAAAUUUUUCUGGAGACCACUAAGAACGCCGUUCCAGUAAGUAGAGAGGCCUACGCUCCUCAAAUGGUGUCUCUCGGUCCUUAUCACCAUUUCUCUCUCAAAGACGAAUCCGUGGGGCCGUUCCACCAACGCCUCACCCAUCUUUCUCAGAUGGAAGUUUACAAGCUCAGGUCGGCAAGGGAGGCAGCUGGAAACGACCCCGAGUUGAUCAAAAAAAUGUUCGAAAGAGUAAGCCAGUCCGAUAUGAUAUCAAAAUUCAAGAGGUUUUACGACUGGGAAAUAAAAGAGGAGGAUGUUCCAAGUUUUGCGUGGAUGAUGAUGGUCGACGCCCUCUUCGUCUUUUACUUUCUUAAAUCUGGACUCGCGAAUGAUCAACAUGAGUCUAGUGUGCGCAGCGGAGCCCCCGGUGAGAUUAAGCGACAGGAGUCCAGUAUGCCUAGCGGAGCCUCCAGUGAGAUUUUCCUGCCUGCAAGGGCAAGCAUAAGAUGUGACAUUGUGAAGCUGGAAAACCAGAUCCCUCUUUCUCUUCUCAAAGACUUGGAGAAGAUUCUUCAGGAGACGAAUACACUCGAAUCUAUGCUGCACUUUCAAAUGAGACAUCUAUCUUCCUUCCAAAUAACUGAUAUAAAAGAGCAAGAUUUUAAUGGAAAGCAUCUGCUGGCCUGUGUUCACAAAUAUGUCUCUUUCUUCGUCCAAGUUAGCAGUUCGGAAGAAGAGUCCCCUGAGACUUGGUGUGAGAGGGUUUCGAAUGUGAUGGAAAACCUGGUCGCCGGAGUGCUCAGUUGUUGCUACAAACAUCCAGCCAAAUCUGGUCGACGAGAUUUUCUUUUCAAAUACAGUGCAAAGGAGCUGCUCAAGGCCGGGAUUAAGUUCAAAUCGUUUGAGGGACCAGGUAAGAUCAGAUUUUGCAAGAAAUCGGACACGCUUUAUCUUCCUCAGAUAACAAUUUCAGACACCUACACUGAAGUACUGUUAAGGAAUUUGCUGGCGCUGGAGUUCAAUGAGGGGGGCCGAGAGAAACACGUGUCGAACUACGUGGAAUUGAUGGACUGUCUCAUCGACACGCCCGAAGAUGUGACGUUGCUGCGAGAAAGCCACGUCAUUGAGCGACAGAGCAUGAUGAUCACCGACGAGUACGUGGCGAAGAUGUGGGACGGUAUGUCUAAGCCUUUUUUUCUUGCAGGUUUUCUGGAGCUUCCCGGCGGCCUGAAAGCUCAAAUCAGAGAAGUGUUAUUCAAAAACUACUAUAAAAGCAAGAUUAAGACUCAGUUGUCGGAACUUUAUUUCGAGUAUCUGUCAAGUCCAUGGAAGGUGGUGGCUUUGUUGGUUGGAUUUUUUGUGCUGCUGUUGACACUGCUGCAAACAUACUGCUCUGUGCAUAAUUGUGAGAUAGGGCAUCGUUCAAAGGGCAAUGCUCCCAAGCGUUUCAGGCCCUUUGGCUAG